AACAGAUAUAAAGAUGAAAGUGACUAUGCAUUGAAGUUUAUGGAGAGCAGCUGGAAAGAACAGCAAAAAGAGGAAGCGAGGAGCCUGCGAAUGGCAGUGCUUGAGGACGAGGAGGAGGAAAGAAGAGAGCUUGAAGAGAUGCAGCGGAAGAAUGCCAAGAAGAGAAAAUGAUUGUGAUCAUAUGCUGAAAUAAAACACUUCUCUCCCAUUACGCAGAGGACCAAUUGAAGUUACGUUCUUUAACAUCUGCUUUUUUCUGCUUCAGUUUACGCCUCGGUAUCAAGGAGGAUGAAGAAGAAAUGAGAUUGGAAGAAGAGGAGAUGAAAAGGAAACUAGCAAUGAAAAAGCGGAAAAAGUUCUAGUUUGCUUCUCUUUGACUUUGAUCUUAUGCGGUUGGGAAGGUUUCAGGUAGAACUAGAAUUGGAAAGAAAAUGCCUUCCGUGUUACACUAUUUA